AACAACUUCGCGCCAAAUCAAUGGCAACGGCAACUGCAACUGCUACUGCAAUCAAGUGAAGACGAACUCGUGAACCUAAAAUGGCGCUCUUGUGUUUUCUGCUAGAUUUGAGAACCCUGCCUCCUCCCAUCCUCAUCGACGUAUCCAAUUCCUUGUUGCAGCUCGCCAAUCUCUACGCAAUGUCAUCAUCAUCCUCUGCUAGGAUCGGCUUGUGCUACGUCUUGAAAACUGGCUCCUCUGUUCCCGACGAUGCUCGUUUGGAGGUUGCGUGCAGUCCCGCAGGAAGAGGAAGCUUUAGUCUCCGUGACUUCCACCGCGCUGUCCAGAACUUGCCCACCGAUGCCUUUAUUCCCGAAUUGAAUGAGUCGGAAAUUCUCUGUUGUCAAGAUGUGAAACUGUCGGCUGUUUUAAGUGAUCGAGUUCUAUACUCGUGGGGAGAUGAAGAUGUAAUGAGGAAAGUGAUUGUAAUAACCGGAUUUGCACAUUAUGAUUUGGACUCCCACAUGCGAAGGACACUUAUGGAGGGGCCUAAUAAUAAGCGUGUUUCAGUUGAGUUUGCGAUGUUUCAGCAAAAAUCAAGACAUCUCAAUGGCAAUGAAGAGGAUUCUGCUGAUGGACCAAUGAGACGCAUUUCUGACAUUGUUGGCUGCUCUCUUAAAUAUUACCUUCCAGAUGUUAGAGUAUUUCAAAGCCUUGUGAGACAAUGGUUACAAGACCUCAAGGAUGACACGAAAGAACCAUUAUUAGCUUGUUUUGAUUUCAAAGGAAACCUCAUUUAUUCCACGAACCAGAUAACCUGCAACUUGUAUAUGCCUGUCAAUCAGAUGAUUGAUGGUUUUUCCCCUUGUCAGACAUGCAGAUGUCACGGUAUGCCAUUGGAAGUCUAUGGAAGAAAAGGGAUAAAGGAACCUUCCUGCGCAGUCACCGGGCAUAUUCUGGAAACCUGUAACGUGAUCGAAAAUUCAACAAAAGUUGGAGAGAAAACAAUCCUGGUUCUGCCGUCAACCCAGUGCCUUACCAAGCCCCAACAAAGUUCUUCACCAAUUAAAUUUGACAUUGUACAAAGAACCAACUUGGGAACUUUAUGCGAAAGUAUUAUUAUGGGAGCCUCCUAUGUUGUGGUUCCAUCAUCUUUAUCUGAGUUAGAAUCUGCUUCAGCUGGCCCUGAUCAGUUUGAUUUGAACGCAUUAGCUUUUCAAGGACUUUGUGGUGCUCUCCACUCACUAGAUCAAGGUUUGGUUUGCCUUUCGAAUUGGAAUAUGGAGACCUUAAAGGAAUGCACUUUCCCUUCCUAUUAUAUUCUUCAACCGUCACACAGUGGAUCAAUGUUUCUUAGGCGUCUUGCUGGCUCUGAGGAAGUUUUGUAUGUACCAGACAUCAAAACUUUAAUUACCGAUCCUGUUAACAAUGAGAUUCAGAGCUCUAUUUUAGUCUCAUUGGAGAAGGUUGAACUAAAAGAUUACAAUCCGUUGAUGCAUGAAAGAGGCCUCCACCAAAAACUGAACGUUCUGGUGAAAGAAAGCUUGGAGUUCAGCUCCUUAACUCCUACGGCAAAAGAGGCAACCUCCGGCAGUGAAUCAAGCGGCCCAGAUUGCGGAGUUGCUGAAACUUGGGAGCUGCUAGUUUCCCAUGAAUUCCCUGAAACAUGUCCAGUUUAUGUUUCCAAAGACAAAUUGGAUGGACUUUGUGUCUCAGUUCCAGAGGGCAACAGACAAUUGGGUGUGAAAACGUCGAGAAUUCUAGAGAGACUUGAAGUACCGAGAAAGAGAACCAAGGCUACAUCUCCUAAUACCCUUAGCAUUGACUUGGUUGAUUCAAAUGCUCUAAUGAAGCCGCUGACAGUGACAGGUACUCAAACUCAACUUAUGAAACCAAAUUUCAAUAAACUCAAAAGAAAACGUCCAUGACCAACCACCCCUCCCCCAAAAAUAGACCUUUUUUUUUAUAGGAUGAAUGAAAAUGGAGAGCUUUUCUUCUCCAGCUCUUCACGCAGACAAAUUCUGAGGUAUGACUCAAAUGAUAAUGUGAUCCUUCAUGCUGAAAAUGUAUGAGCUUUGUGGAUAUUUCUCAAUAGGAUAGUGAAGGUUUGCCUCCACACAAGUAAAUGAGAGUUUAUUCUUAGUUUCUGAUGUGUUUAUUUUAGUGAAUAGAAAAAGAAGUGUUGGUUGGGCAUACUUAUUAUUGCUUAAUAUAGAUAGACAAAUACAA